AUGCACGCUCAGCGGGUAACCCCCGAAGAAAAUGAGAUCAUGGGGACUCUGUUAUCGCGUGGAGAAUCAUAUGACAUCUCAGACACAGUGUCUGCUAGGUGCAUUUUGCGGCCAGACCGGCAGGCUCUUUUCAAUCAGACCGUCUUGCCGUCCUUUAACCACAACCCAGAGCUAGCCAUUAAUAACGCAGACAAGCGCUUUGAAGGUGAUAACAUGUCUAAAUCGCAGAUGAAAAAGCUCGUGGAAGAUCCGCGGGACAACGUAGCUGUUCCUGAUCCUCGCGUACGGACUGAUAUUCCACGGCGAGUAGUUGGCCCCUUCUAUCCCCCAGAUAACCUCAGGAUUAAUUCCUCUUCGUCUCCACUCAAUGACAAGGCGACAAUAAAGCUUUAUAUAGAGCGAGCAAAGAGGCGAGACACAGAUCUGGUGGUGGCCAAUCCGCAGCGUAUCCUUCUUUAUCAUGCGUUACUCGUGAGCGAAUACAGGGGCAAGGGAUGGUAUCAGUGCAAAGGGACCACUCGUUGGGGAGAUUCCCUUGUCUUUGAUGCACGCUUUGAGGCAGGAAAUCUCUUCUCUGCAGCACGUGUUCUUGGCUCUCAGCAGUACGAGCUUAUGAUGAGCCCAGAUUUUGGCACUUGUGAGCACAUGAAUUGGUUCUAUUUUGCGAUCGGUAACGUGAGAAAGCAUACUAGGUACACAUUCAAGAUCCUUAACUUUGUAAAGCCCACCUCGAUGUUUUUGGAAGGAGCUGGCAUUUUGGUGUAUACUCCAUCACAACAUAAAAAGGGUUGGAGGCGUAUGGGCGAGGAGAUAUGCUACUAUCCUAAUGUGCUGAAAAAGAGAGGUGAAUACUAUUACGGAAUGGUUGAGAAUAUCUAUGCAAACCCAAUUGUAGAGGCUGCUGCGGAGCGCCCUAAGACAUCGGGGACAAAGUCUAGGCCAGCUAGUCGUGCGGCAUCUAAGUCUGGAACACGAGCAAAAUCAUCUGACAAAAAGGAGCAGAAGCCCAUAACUAAGAAGAAGAAGGUGUCAUCUAAACCACAGCAAGAUGUGAUGGGAUCCCAGUACACUCUUUCCUUUAGUUUAACAUUCAAAUCAGACGAAGACAUUGUUUUCUUGGCCUCUGCCUUUCCAUAUACUUACACUGAUCUUAACAGAUACAUGGAAUAUUUGCGCGCUAUCCCCCUGGUGCGGAUAGAGAAGCUUACACGUACACUCAUGGAGAACAGUUGCAAUGUAAUAACAAUGGGUGGCACGUCCCAGAGUAAGGAGCUCAUAGUAAUUCUUGCACGGGUUCACCCCUGUGAGACUUCCGGAAGUUAUGUUCUUCAGGGGCUUCUGGACUUUCUAUCUGGCCGUCGCGACGCAGAGCUGAAACGAUACAUUACGUGGCUAUUGAACCAUGUUGCCAAUAACAAUCCAGAGUUUCUGCUUCAGGAUAAUUCAGUGGAAGGCCCAGAUGUUUCUCUUGGCAAUGCUGGAGCUCAAGAGGACAUGCAGAUGCGUGACUUAGCUGCAACCAUAUCGCCACAAGAGCAGCCAGCAGCUGAAGUAACCCCUAAAAUUGUCCUGAAUCCUGAUGGAUCUCGACCAGCUCCACCGCAGCAGUACAUCCCGCCAGAUUUACCCUCACAGGAUGAACUGUUUGGUGUGGCUGGAAAUUACUACGGCAUAGAUGAGCGCUACCGACAAAAUAAUCACCUUACGGCCGAAGAGCUAAAGGAAUUGAAGGUGCGUUUAUAUAAGAAUGAGCUUCUUAGAAAGUUUCUCCUAGACAAGUUUUUGUUCAAGAUCGUCCCCAUGGUGAACGUUGAUGGUGUUAUAGUAGGGAAUUCGCGUGUCGAUAUCGGGCGAAUAGAUCUCAAUAAGCAUUGGGCCACAACCACUAACCUAGACAGUCCUACGCUGUUUGCCCUGCGGGAAUUGAUCCAGGACUAUGUGAUAGAACAAAAGUACACAUUGAAAUUUAUAAUGGACAUUCACGGAACCUCGAAGCAACCCAACUUCUUUCUCCAUACCAAUGAGAGCAUUAAUUACGCUGAUCUUAAGCGUCUCUUCUGGAUUUCUUGCGGUCAGUUGGGCCUUAUUCCUAAUCUCGGAAUGGAAAACAUGGUCUCCUUCUUCACUCACGACCUGAUUAGCAUCAACACUUUACUAAAUACCGCUCGUGAAAGGCGAAGAGAACAAGAAAAAGAGAAGUCGUCUCAGGACUCUAUGCUAUCAUCCACCACGUCUAAACUAUUGGACUCAUCUUCCAUAACGACUCAGCGGACUGGAGGAGUCGACAAGGAUGUAUUCGAAAAGCUAUACAAAGAAGCAAUGGACAGGCAUAUGGCAACUAAGAACGCACUGUUUGGGGCCAAUACUUAUGAGUCUAUGAUCAAGCCAGAGCUAGAUGUCCCCCUUAUAGAGCGCUACUACGAAGAACAGUUUAUUAAGUUUGUAGGUGUCAACAUAAUGAAGACAGACUUUGCAAAGGCUGUAUUUUCAGCAGAAGGAGAAGAAGGGGGAAACAUAACAGCUAAAAAGGAAGCAGAAAGCAAAUCUUCGCUGCUUAAAGCAGCCUACAAAUACACCAUAAAUCCUAACGAAUACGCGCUCUUGCGGCAUAAGAUCAUGAUGGCAACGUACAAAACUGUCCAAGAGACCUCUUCAACUAGUCACACAGCAGAGAAUUCGCGUGUCCCCAGUGCAGGCGUGGGGAGCGGACAGGCAGGCGGUGUAGGGGUCAGAUUUAAUCCUACAACCACGAUUGCCCCGGCUUCUGGAAAAGGACCACAAGUCACAGGGGUACUGAGCACACGUAAUGAUAGGCUAGAACAGAAGUCUCCACAGAUACACCAGAUCCCAGAAGAGUCUCCUUAUCGACUCCUUUUCUCUGAAAUGAUCUUUCCUAUCAUGCUGCAGAAUAACAAGGAAAACUAUAUCUUUGAUCUUAAGAGUUGUACCUACAACAAUUCCGAAGUCACUAAACCGGGUACGUUGCGUGUAUAUGGUGUCAAGAAAUGGGCGUGCGAGAACAUCUACACGAUUGAGGCCAGUGUGUAUGGAAUGAGCAAGGUUGACCUAGAACAAUCGCUGGAUGUAGUUAAAUAUGGAGGGAUCUUGGAUUUGAGAAACUGCAACUUCAUGUCCAUGUUCUCUUCAGAGACAAUGGACACGACAUCUGAAUACACUCAAGAUACUACCAACAGUUUGCCCACUGGGGGAGAUUACUCAUCUGCUCUAGCAGCAACAACAGCUCCGGGUGUGGUACCUGUGGAAGGAGACCCGAAUGACCCGAAGCUAGGUGCUAUGGGAGACGACUCUCGCGUUUUUGAGAGCGAUUGGCCUCUGGACAACCGGCACCUCACUCCCCUAGAUUAUUUCAUCUAUGGAGAGGCACUGAUAUCUACUCUAGGAACAAUGUAUGACAAGAAUUGCGAAGCAUAUACAGGCGAGCUGGAGAAGAUCAGGGCAGACUAUGUUACGUGGAUGAAGCAUGCCUUCAGUUAUCUUAUUACCAAUCCGAAGAGAGACAUUGUCGGCUUUGACAUGGAUAAGCUCUCUCUUUCUCUGAAGGCAAAACUCAAAGAGCGAAUACAUAUCUUUGCGCAAUUUGAGGCUCUGAGUAACACAGAAUUCGAUCACGUUGUUUCCAUUAAUAAGAUCAUUGCCACCACCAAAGUAUUUGACUUCUUGGACAAGAACGGUUACGACCAGCCAGUCUCAGACUCUGACGAUAGCCAGCCCCCGGAGUAUGAGAUAUCUGAGGCCGAACUCAAGAAGUUAGAUAAGCUAAAGACGAAGGACCAACGUUUACAAGAGAAGCGAGAGCGUUUGGAGCUAAGAGACUGCGUUAAGACCAUGGUCAUGGAGCAGAUGAAUCCUGAAAAGUUGAAGAAACUGCAAGAAAAGGGAGUGAAGGGCAAGAAGGGGAAGAAGGGUAACAAGAAAGGAAGCAGAGCAGCGAGUGCUUCAGUCGCCAAACCAACACCUCUGCCACCAGCCAGGUCAACGCCACAGGUCCCAGGUACCCAGGCCCCGGGAGCUUCCACCAUAGUGGGUGAUAGCCUCAUGAGCACCAUCGGAGUUAGAAUCCAGGAAGCACAGAGCGGCAUAUUUGGAGACGGAGGUCCCAGCAUAAUGAGCAAGAACCCACGAAUGGCUACCCUACCUGAUACACCAGAUAUCAGCAGAAUUGCGGGCCCCGAUGAAACGAUGCGGAGUAUCAAUAAGACGUAUGAUGAAGGGCGUGGGCCGGACUCAGACGAAGAGGGGCAUCACUAG